AGAACCGGAACUCACCCCGAGAUGGACGGACGAAACGAAACCGCUCCCAUCUCAGAUCUGGUUUGGUAUUUCCUGCCCACCAUAGUCCUGGUUCCUCCUCUCGGGAUCCCGGCCAACGCUUUGGUUCUUCGCCUUCUGCUGGGCAAACCCAACAUCUGCUCCACCUCUGAGAUCUUCGUCCUCAACCUGGCCGUGUUCGACAUGAUGUUCUGCUUCAUGGUCGUCAUCGAGUACAUCUACUUCAUGUUCAAUAAAACUGAGGCGAACGCUAACUUCCUGUCCUGGGGCUUGAGUCAGGCGGGGGGUCCGAUGUUGCUCUGCGCUACUUCUUUGGACGCAUUCAUGGCCGUCUGUCACCCGUUGAUCUUCCUCUGUCUCAAAGAACCUAAGCUCCGCCUGUCCUUGUGCCUGCUGGUUAGCGUCUUAGCGUUCACGGUCUGCGGUCUGGCGAAACUAAUGCCGUUUUACAAUUUGGCGAUGAUCCUGAUGGUGGCCAUGCUGACCAUCUGCACCAGCAACGUCCUGAUCCUGAAGUCUCUGCGGGGGCCGGGUCCUGGAGGGAAGGAUCUGCACCCGGUGAAGAAGAGAGUGUUCAAGAUGGUGUUCACGGCGUUAGUGAUGGUGGACUUCCACUACCUGCCGUCGCUCGCAGAGUCCCUGAUCAAGGUGUUGUUUCCCAAACUUUUAUUGCCCUACUCCAUCCUCACCAGCUUCACCUACUUGAUUCUGUCCAUGAGCAGCUUCAUUCAACCGCUGUCGUAUCUCGUACGCACCAAACAGCUGCCGAAGAUGAGAUGUAACGAAAAGGCUGAGACGAAAACUAAGAAAAUGUCGGAUUUCUGAUAAAAAGGUCAGAAUUCUAGGAAUCGUCCUCUUUCUAAAAGUUGCAUUUCUGAAAAAAACUAGUUUUAAAAACCCUGAACUCUAAGAAAAAGUCAGGUUUCUGAAAAAAAGUUCAAAAUUAUGAAAAAAAUAUUUUUCCACUAAACAGCUGCCGAAGAUGAGAUGCAACCGCGGGCCGGCAGCUGAGACGAAAACUACGACAAGUUAGAGCGAAUCAGAGAGAAGAGCUCGGAUUUCUGAUUUUUUUUUCAGGAUUUUAGGAAAAAGUCAAAAUUAUGAAAAAAGUCAGAAUUCUAAGAAAAAUAAAAAAUUAUGAAAAAAGUAAGAAUUCUAGGAAUCCACAUGUUUCUAAGAAAGACUCAUUCUGGAAAAAUUCAAAAAUUAUGAAAAAGUCAGAAUUCUUGGAAAAAGUCGGAUUUCUGAAAACAAAUUCCAAUUUAUGAAAAAAGUCCGAUUUCUAGGAAAAAGUGAACAUGUUGAGAAACAAAUUCCGAAUCCUGAAGAAAAAUCUAAAUUCGGAGAAAAAAAACCUGAAAUCACGGUUCUGAAAAAGUCAAGAGUUCUGAACCGUACUCCGUACUUGCGGUGAAACUGGUCUCAGGGCACAGGGCUUCCAUAUUUUAAAUGAAUGUUGGUUCUGAAGAGCUGACUGUAGAAAGUCUACAAGACCGUAUGUAAAACUAAAUGCAACAGGAAAAAAACGCAUCACAAUAUUUCAUUAAAUCAUUCAGACAAACAUCAGUUUUAAUCAAACACUUUCAUUUUGACACAUUAAUCAGUUCAAAUACACAAUCGGCAGCAACGGCAAGAAACGUCUGAAUAUACUCUUUAAGUUUGGCUUUUAUUAUUUCAGAAAAGUAAACACAUUUACAAAAAUAAACCAACAUAUUAAUCAUAAAUGUAAUGUUUUCAGCACAGAGUUGUUCAACAGCUUUUAAAUAUGACUUAAACGGACAUUUAAAUCUCUUUUUGAAUUAAAUAAGUGAAGAUAAAGCUAAAUAUUUGAACCAAAAUAUAGACAUUGGAAGAACCCAGUAUGUACAAUAUCAGAUUAUAAUUCAAAUGUAUUUUUUGAGUUGGUAUAAAUGUAAUAUCAUGGCACAAUUUUUGAUAACAGCAGAAAUCCAAUUGUUGUCCAAAGAAUAAUUAAAUAUGGAGAUAAAACCUCUCAAUAUCCGCCUUUACAUCAAAGCAUCAGGACAUUAGCACUGCAUCAGGGCUGCGGUCGAAUAGUCAGUUUAGGAACCUUCCUAACGGAGGGAAAUGACCCGGAAGUCCCUCAGUGUUAGCCUGAUAAGAGCCGUUAGGACUCUCUAGAUCAGUGGUUCCCAACCUGUGGGCCGCGGCCCCCUAGUGGGCGGUGAAGGCGUUGCAAGUGGGCCGCCAAAUUUGCAAAACAUUAUGAUUUGUGUGGAAACAUUUUCAUUAUUAAGAUUUUUUUUUAUUUGAACCUCCUUUCCUUUCUCUUUCUUGAUCCUCCCUAGCAACGGUCAUUACAGUCCUUAGGCGCUUUCACACCGGAGUACUUUUCCCAGGAAUAGUUCCGAUAGUUCCUGGGAUUUUGCGUUCACACCAAAAAGAUCUGGAACUAGAACUUUUCAGUCCCUGCUAGAGAGGUGGGACUUUCCUGGGGAGGAAAAGGUUCCAAUUUCUGAUUGGCUGGGCGAAUUGCAAACCACGCCCCGUAAAACUCUAGCUUUAGCAUAGGGUCUUAUUGAGCAUAGGGUCUUCUUUAGCAUAGGGUCUUAUUGAGCAUAGGGUCUUAUUUAGCAUAGGGUCUUAUUUAGCAUGGGGUCUUCUUGAGCAUGGGGUCUUAUUGAGCAUAGGGUCUUAUUUAGCAUAGGGUCCCAUUUAGCAUAGGGUCUUAUUGAGCAUGGGGUCUUAUUGAGCAUGGGAUCUUAUUGAGCAUAGGGUCUUAUUUAGCAUAGGGUCUUAUUGAGCAUGGGGUCUUAUAGAGCAUAUGGUCUUAUUUAGCAUAGGGUCUUAUUAGCAUAGGGUCUUAUUAGCAUAGGGUCUUAUUUAGCAUAGGGUCUUAUUUAGCAUAGGGUCUUAUUAGCAUAGGGUCUUAUUUAGCAUAGGGUCUUAUUUAGCAUAGGGUCUUAUUAGCAUAGGGUCUUAUUUAGCAUAGGGUCUUAUUUAGCAUAGGGUCUUAUUGAGCAUGGGGUCUUAUUGAGCAUAGGGUUUUAUUGACCAUAGGGUCUUAUUUAGCAUGGGGUCUUCUUUAGCAUGGGGUCUUAUUGAGCAUAGGGUCUUGUAACAUGUGUGAGAUUCUGAUAUUCUUUAGACAGAAACAUAUACUCUGCUCCUUGGCUCCUUGAUUCCUUGCUAGCCUUAACAGCACUGAUGAGAAACUCAUGAAACCUGCACAAAUGGUAUCAACAUAUAUAAAUGUAUAAUAAAUAAUUCUUGAUCUGUGAUUCGUCACGAUCAAAGUUCCUUUAAGACUGUAUUUAAAUAAUGAUUUUGACCUGAAUGCACUUCAUAAUAACAACUAAAUCUCUCCUUCGCCUGCUGUGUAAAUGUUCUGUGCACACAUUGAAAUAAAACACAAGAUGAAUAAACAACACUGGUGUAAACAGUC